CGCUCCGCCCCUGUCCACGCACACGAUUAAAGAAAAGUCGCGGUCGAAAGUUGAACUACGUUAGUGACACAUUUCAAAACUCGAAAGCUCUGAAAGAGGGCAGCACGCGCUCCUGUACAUUUUACAAUGUCUUCAGAUGAAGAGCGCUCGAUGGCGGGGGGCUCCGGUAACGGAAAGUUGCGUCAGUGGCUGAUAGAGCAGGUGGACACCGGAAAAUACCCUGGACUCGUGUGGGAGAACGAGGAGAAGAGUAUCUUUCGGAUUCCAUGGAAGCACGCGGGCAAACAGGACUACAACAGGGACGAGGAUGCGGCGCUCUUCAAGGCUUGGGCACUAUUCAAAGGCAAGUACCGCGAGGGUAUCGACAAACCUGACCCACCAACCUGGAAAACACGUCUCCGAUGUGCUCUUAACAAGAGCAAUGACUUUGAGGAGCUUGUGGAGCGCAGUCAGCUUGACAUAUCAGACCCCUAUAAAGUGUAUAAGAUUGUUCCGGAAGGAUCCAAAAAAGGAUCCAGAUCUCUUGAAGAUUCACAGUCCAAUUCAAGCUCACCCAGUUAUCCAGUACACCCACCUUAUCCACCAGCACCAUCUCAGGUGUGCAACUAUCUUUCUCCAGCAGACAGAGGAUGGAGGGAUUACUCCACCAUCUCUGAGAUCUCUUACAGCCAGAGCCCCUACACCUCACGCUGGGACCCUGGGUUCCAGUUCAGUGGCUCUUUCUACAGUUGCAAUGCAUCUGAUCCACAACUGUCACCCUUCACCCUGGACACCAGCAUGAGAUCUACUGAGGCUAUGGCCCUCUCAGAUUACCGCUUACAUGUGGUGGUGUUUUACCGGGACACUCUGGUGCAAGAGGUAACAGUGAGUAGUCCAGAGGGCUGUCAGCUGGGCCCUAGCAGACAGGGACAGGCCUACGCUUCACCUGGUGCCCCAGAACUGGUUGAACUCCCUCAUGCUGAAGGGGCAUCUCUGGAGCGGGGCGUUAUACUCUGGAUGGCCCCUGACGGGCUCUACGCCCGCCGCCGCUGCCCCUGCAGGGUGUACUGGGAGGGAGCUCACGCACCACCUACCGACAAACCCAACAAACUGGAGAGAGAACAGAACUGCAAACUGCUGGACACUCAUCUGUUCAUAACAGAGUUGCAGAGCUAUGCCAUGCACACUCGUCCUGCGCCAUGCUCCCAAGUGCUGCUGUUCUUUGAGGAUGAGAGCACCAAUACUCAAAGACCAAGAAGGACCUUCACAGUGCAGGUUGAGCCACUGUUUGCCCGCCAGCUUCUUUUCCUCACCCACCCUGGCAGCAUGAACUACAUCCGCAGCCAUGAGCUUUCACACCUGCCCCCUGAACACACGCUCUCCCCGACCCAAGACUACCACAGAGUCAUCACGCAUCACCAUAACAAUGGCCCUCAAAACUGAAUUUGGCAGCUCGUCACGCCACUCUUAAUCCUGGAUUAACAUCUGGUUUAACCCAGGGUUAAAGCAAGUU